AUGUAUAUCCCGAUAGUAACUGGAAUCGUGCGUUCGGGGGAAUUGUUGGCCAUCAUGGGAGCGAGUGGAUCCGGAAAGACAACGUUGAUGAACGCGAUGACGAUGAGGAACUUGGGAAAGCUCAAAGUCUCGGGGAGGUUCAUGGUGAACGGGAAGACCGUCAAGAGGAGCGCGCUGACGGGCAUGUCCGCCUACAUCCAACAGGAAGAUCUUUUCAUCGGGACCCUCACGGUCAGGGAACACCUCCGAUUCCAGGCCCUAUUGAGAAUGGACAAGGAAAUCAAAUACCAACAGCGAAUGGAACGGGUGGAACAGCUCAUUCAAGAGGUUCUAACGGACCCACCGUUGCUCUUCUGCGACGAGCCGACCUCAGGCCUGGACUCGUACAUGGCCCAGCAAGUGGUGUCUCUCAUGAAGUCCCUCGCCGAGAAGGGGAAGACCGUGGUUUCCACCAUCCAUCAACCUUCAUCGGAAGUCUUCGUCAUGUUCGAUCAGAUUCUUCUUCUCGCGGAGGGGAGGAUCGCCUUCCUGGGACAGGCUCAUCGUGCCAUCUCCUUCUUUCGGCAGUAUGUGGCGCUGAGUAAUUCAUGA